AAAAUAUCGCUUUUCUCGAGGGUAAAAAAUCAGCAAAGAUGGCGGGCCUGUGCAAAACAUUUUGGAGUAGACCUCUGCAGUCUACAUUUUCUUUAGCCUGCAAGCUCCCUGAAGCUUCUUUGACUCUAAGGUUGAGAUGUCUGCACUCCUCCACGACGUUGCUACGUAAUUCAGACGAUGAUGAACCGAAGGGUUGGUUCAGCAGGCUCAGAAAGACGGCACAGCCUGACCAGUCUCACUCAAUGGCCUUAUCCAACAAAGACACUGUUUAUGAGCUGCAGUUUCAUGGAGUGAAGCCAGAAUGCAUGGAAGAUUACCUUAAUCAAUUCUCAACUUUUCAGCAGCUGAUGAGAGAUAAGGGCACUGGUGCAGAGUUAGUGGGCAGCUUCACUGUGGAAAUUGGUGAUCAAGAUGAAGCCGUUCACAUGUGGCAGUAUCCAGGUGGCUAUCCAGUCUUGAAUAACGCUAACAUGAUCUACAGAACGGACAGUGAUUUUGUAGAAUUUCGCAAGCAGAGGAACGCCAUGUUGAGAUCACGACGCAACCAAAUUCUUCUGGCUUUCAGCUUUUGGCCUGCCAUCCAGCCCCGAGAUCCCUCCCACAUAUACGAGCUCAGAAGUUACACUCUUAAGCCAGGCACAAUGUACGAAUGGGGAAAUUGCUGGGCUCGGGGACUCCAAUAUAGAAGAUCAUCUCAAAAUGAACCAGUAGGCGGAUUUUUGUCCCACAUAGGUGAACAAUACAAUGUGCACCACUUCUGGGCUUAUAAAGAUCUGCAGACGAGGAAAGAGACAAGAGAGGCUGCCUGGGGCCGCCCAGGAUGGGACGAGUGUGUCUCCUACACAGUGCCACUGAUCCGCCACAUGAAGUCAAGGAUCCUGAUCCCCACCCCGUUCUCCCCCCUCCAGUAACAGCGACCACUGUUUCUCAGACGAGGAGGGAUGGGUAGAGAGAGAUGGCUGACACCGGACUGCUUCGUGCGACAGGCCUUCCAUCCAUGUGUGAUGUUAUUAGUUGAAGAGUUAUGUUACCGGUACCCGUUUGUUUAUGGUGAGAGUGUGUUUAAAAGAGUCUUUUUUUCUGUUUGAAAUGAAAGAAAGAGUGGUUUGGGAUGCCUUCCUUGUUUAUGUAGGCGACGUUUGCGUGAGAACUCUUUGGUGAUUUUGCAUGCCCGUCGUAUGCACGAAGUUUUCUGGAGGAUCGUGAAUAGUUUUAAAGCCAAGUGUUUCCCCUCUCCUUUGAUUUUAAAUUUGCUUUAUGAUUUAAGUGUUUUUAUGCUUCCGAUAUACGGUAUUUUGCUUUUUAUUCGUUUGUUGUUUUUUUACCCCAACUGACAGUCUUCAUCGUGCCUGAGGGCGUAUUUGUAUCUGUAUUUUGGUGUGACACAGAUUUCUGUGAUAAUGGGUAAAGCAGAGUAUGAUACCAUAGCGUUUCUGUCUGGUAAAGGGUUUGAUAGUGUUUCCUGUCCUGUCCCAAAUUUUGAUGUAAUAAAAAACUCCAGGUCCAGACUGGUAAUUCACAGAAUCACGAUGAUGAAGUGAAUGCAAACUAAAUGAAUGUGGCACAUGAUACGGAUGGGAUGCACCUGGGGCUUCCACUUUUGUCUAUUUCGGUCAUGGCAAAGGUCACUCUUUUGUCUAGUGCUCAGAGGAUGAACACGGUGAUGGUUUUAUCCUCUUCUGGUUUUUGUUUGGGUUUUUUUUCUGUUUAUUUUAACCAUGCGUGUGAGGAUUCUGUUUGUUCUUUUUGCCAAAGAGUAAAGAUCUAACAUGUUCUUGCACUCUGCAAUGUUGCCUGCAAGGGUAGGAUAUUUGAAAGGUAGCCAACUUUUGUUUAGGUUGCUUGUGUCAAAAAGCAGCGUGUUGGAGUUUUUGAGCAGGGAAAUCCGAAAUGUAAUUCUAUGUUUGAUAUUUGAAUGGCAGUAUUCUGUAAUGGCAAUAUGAGAAGGCUUGUUUGGAGAUUCUACAUGCAUAGAUAUUUUCCGCUCAAGUUCUAGAUAACUGCAAUUUUGAGUUUCAUGUUGGUGGAUUAACACGUACGGUAGUAAGCAUUACUUAUUGUUGUUGUGAGCCAUAUUUUUAGUGGUUGCUUUGUUACUUAUUCCCCAACUACCGUUAUAUAUCAAGGUUUAGAAUUGUGGGGUUAAAAAAUCUGUGUAAGAGGAAUGUUCAUUUUUUUUCAUGUUAUUUGUCAAGUAUUGUUAUUGAGAUAAUGUACAAUAUAAACAACACAAGAAAUAUAUGGUGAAAUGUGCUGAAUAAAACUGAUUUGAGAUUAAAAAUCAAU